CCACCAACCCCCGCCAGCCCGCAAAGAACGCCGCUAAAUCAUCCCGGGCCGACCCAGUAGGUAGCCUAACAACAACCCCAUCCCUUCCCUUCCCUAUCCCGGAAACGCCAUGACGAAAGUAGCGGAGCUCAAAGGGGGCGCGGAAGCAGCUUCGUCAAUGUCUGUGAGUGUUGUGUUGUAUUGUACAACGCCCAUCCUGUUGACAAACAACAGGUUAUGCUCCCGUAAGAAAGCAGGCGCGGCUGUAGUGACCCAGGAUGUGACCGCUAUCACUCUGCCUCCUGCUUGCCCAUUUGCCCCCAAGCGGCCAACCACACAGCCCUUGCAAUCUACCAUUCGCCCAGCAGUCAAGGCAGCAAAAAGCAGUCAAGCCGCAUCAAGCUGCUCUCAGAGGGCCCAAUGGUCGCAAGGGAAACCAACCAGUCCCGGAGUCAGGUGGUGCCGCAUUUUCCACCUCAUCCUUUAGUAGUCCAGAGACAACCAGGCUGCCCGCCCCUAGCAGCAGCAGAAAGCAAGGGGCACGUCUUCACCAACAAUACCAACCACCCACCCAAACC